AUGGCGGAGCCCUCGGAGCCCGGGCGGCGGGCGGCGGCAGGCGGCGGGAGCGCGGAGGACGAGGAGGACGAGGAGCGUGAACCGCUGUUGCCCCGCGGCUCCUGGGCCCCGCCGCCCAGGGCCGCCCCGGGAGGCGCCGUGAGGCUGCCGCUGUCCGCGGAGGAGGGCGACGACAGCGAAGAUGAAGAGGUUGGCAUGGAUUCAGGUCACAUUGGAACAGUGCGCUCCAGUGUGUCAGAGAUUACUGAGUUUAAACCCAUUGUUGCAGUCACUCUUGCACCUUCAGAGAUGAAUACUUUUGUGGAUGAUCCAGAAUUUGCUGAUAUUAUAUUGAGAGCAGAACAAGCAAUAGAAUGUGGAGUUUUACCGGAAAGAAUCUUUCAAGGAUCAAGUGGAAGUUACUUUGUAAAGGAUCCUAAGAGGAAAACUAUUGGGGUGUUUAAACCUAAAUCAGAAGAGCCCUAUGGGCAGCUAAAUCCAAAAUGGACCAAAUAUGUUCAUAAGGUCUUGUGCCCCUGUUGCUUUGGCCGAGGCUGCCUGCUUCCUAAUCAGGGAUACCUUUCUGAAGCUGGUGCCUACCUUGUGGAUGAAAAGCUUCGACUGGGCAUCGUACCUAAAACAAGGGUGGUGUGUUUGGUCAGUGAAACAUUUAACUAUAGUGCCAUUGACCGUGCAAAGUCGAGAGGAAAAAAGUAUGCAUUAGAGAAAGUGCCGAAAGUAGGUAGAAAGUUCCAUCGGAUAGGACUCCCUCCUAAGAUUGGUUCCUUUCAGUUGUUUGUUGAAGGUUAUAAGGAAGCUGAAUAUUGGCUUAGAAAAUUUGAAGCUGACCCUUUGCCUGAGAAUAUUAGAAAAGAAUUUCAGUCACAGUUUGAAAGACUAGUUGUUUUGGAUUACAUCAUCAGAAAUACAGACAGAGGAAAUGAUAAUUGGUUAAUAAAAUAUGAGAAAUCAAGUCGUGGGAAGGAAGUGGACAGUAAGGACAUAAAAUGGACUGCUGACCAAGAAUCUCUUAUUAAAAUAGCUGCAAUUGAUAAUGGCCUGGCAUUUCCUUUUAAACACCCUGAUGAAUGGAGAGCAUAUCCAUUUCACUGGGCUUGGCUUCCUCAAGCAAAGGUUCCUUUUUCUGAAGAAAUAAGAAACUUGGUUCUGCCUUGUAUUUCUGACAUGAAUUUUGUGCAAGAUUUGUGUGAAGAUCUUUAUGAACUUUUUAAGAUUGACAAAAGGUUUGACAAGGCCACCUUUGAAAGCCAGAUGUCGGUGAUGAGAGGCCAGAUCUUAAACCUUGCUCAGGCCCUGAAGGAUGGGAAGAGUCCUGUGCAGCUGGUCCAGAUGCCCCGUGUGAUCGUGGAACGAAGUCAGGGUGGCGGCCAGGGUCGGAUCGUCCACCUGAGCUGCUCCUUCACUCAGACUGUGCAUUGCCGGAAGCCUUUCUUUUCCUCCUGGUAG